UCUCUGACCGAUUUACAAAGCCAGAGAGAGAGAGAAAGAGAGAGAGAGAAAAAAAAAAAAAAACACAACUGCAAAGAGUAUGGCGACCGAGGAUGUUAACGAAGCCCUUGCGGCGGCCGAACAACCGCCGAUAGAGACAACGGAGAAGCAAUCUCACAAGCUCGAAAGAAAGUGGAGUUUUUGGUUCGAUAACCAAUCCAAUCCUAAGAAAGGCGCCGUUUGGGGAGCUUCCCUUCGUAAAGCCUAUACAUUCGACACCGUCGAAGAUUUCUGGGGUUUGCACGAGACUAUAUUUAAACCUAGCAAAUUGACACCGAAUGCUGAUAUUCACUUGUUCAAAGCUGGUGUUGAGCCAAAGUGGGAAGAUCCAGAGUGUGCUAAUGGCGGAAAGUGGACAUAUGUUGCUACCAAUGACAGGAAGAGAGAUUUGGACAAGGCUUGGCUUGAAACUUUGAUGGCUUUAAUUGGGGAGCAAUUUGAUGAGGCGGAUGAGAUUUGUGGUGUGGUUGCUAGUGUGCGCCAAAAGCAAGACAAGGUCUCUUUGUGGACAAGGACGAAAUCAAACGAAGCUGUUCUGAUGGGUAUUGGGAAGAAGUGGAAGGAGAUACUUGACGUCACCGACAAGAUAACUUUCACUAACCUUGUGGAUGAUGCUAGAAGAGUUCGGUUCAGUGUCUGAAGAGAAGGCACAACUGUGUGAGACAUGAGUAAGAUGCAAUAUGGCUAUUUGUCUUGCAAUGAUUUGGUCGGUUUACUCAAAUAGCUGAGACCUUUAAGGAUACUGACUUUGAGUUGUAACUCUACAAAAGUUUUUUGUUUCGUUAAAAUCAAUUUUCUUAAAAUCAAGUUCAGUUCUAUAAAUCCUUUUGCAAGCAGCGUCAAUUUUUGGACAACUAGAGAGUACUACUGUCUUUCGUAAGACCCUUUUAAUAUUUAAGGUUUUGAUUA